GUGACUUCAGUGAGAAUUCUGGGAUUGGCAGUAGUCUGCUAGUGACUUCCUCUUUAGCAAGAUGGCGGGCGACGAGCCGGGAGUGACUCUGGGGCAGCCUCACUUGUCUAAGCAAGACCUGACUUCUCUGGAUGUCUCCAAGUUGACUCCCCUUUCACCAGAAAUUAUCAGCAGACAAGCCACAAUUAAUAUAGGUACCAUUGGUCAUGUAGCCCAUGGCAAAUCUACCGUAGUAAAAGCAAUUUCUGGUGUGCACACUGUCCGAUUUAAGAACGAACUUGAGAGAAAUAUCACCAUCAAGCUGGGAUAUGCCAAUGCUAAGAUCUACAAACUCGAUGACCCCAGCUGUUCUCGCCCCGAAUGCUACCGUUCCUGCGGCAGCAGCACUCCUGAUGAAUUCCCUACAGAUAUACCCAACACGAAGGGCAACUUUAAAUUGGUCAGGCAUGUGUCUUUUGUGGAUUGCCCAGGUCACGAUAUUUUGAUGGCAACUAUGCUGAACGGUGCAGCUGUUAUGGAUGCUGCCUUAUUGUUGAUAGCUGGUAAUGAAUCCUGUCCUCAGCCCCAGACCUCUGAACAUCUGGCUGCCAUUGAAAUCAUGAAGCUAAAGCACAUCCUUAUUUUACAAAAUAAGAUUGAUUUGGUUAAAGAAAGUCAAGCCAAGGAACAGUAUGAGCAGAUCCUUGCAUUUGUCCAAGGUACCGUUGCUGAGGGUGCACCCAUCAUUCCAAUCUCUGCUCAGCUGAAGUAUAACAUUGAAGUCGUUUGUGAAUAUAUUGUAAAGAAAAUCCCAGUGCCUAUAAGAGACUUCACAUCUAAACCGAGACUUAUCGUCAUCAGAUCCUUUGACGUGAAUAAGCCAGGAUGUGAGGUUGAUGAUCUGAAAGGUGGUGUAGCUGGAGGCAGUAUUCUAAAAGGUGUACUAAAGGUUGGUCAAGAAAUAGAGGUUCGUCCUGGCAUAGUUUCUAAAGACAGUGAAGGAAAGCUCAUGUGCAAGCCUAUCUUCUCUAAAAUUGUGUCUCUCUUUGCUGAGCACAAUGAUCUACAAUAUGCUGCUCCUGGAGGCCUUAUUGGUGUUGGUACCAAGAUUGACCCAACUUUAUGUCGUGCUGAUCGUAUGGUUGGUCAGGUACUGGGUGCAGUUGGGGCGUUGCCUGAAAUAUUCACAGAGCUGGAAAUCUCUUACUUCCUUCUACGACGUCUCCUUGGAGUACGUACAGAGGGGGAUAAGAAGGCUGCAAAGGUUCAAAAACUGUCUAAGAAUGAAGUUCUGAUGGUCAACAUUGGUUCUUUGUCCACUGGAGGUCGUGUCAGUGCUGUAAAAGCUGAUUUAGGAAAAAUUGUGCUCACAAAUCCAGUGUGCACGGAAGUAGGAGAGAAAAUCGCUCUUAGCAGAAGGGUUGAGAAACAUUGGCGUUUGAUUGGCUGGGGUCAGAUAAGACGAGGAGUGACCAUAAAGCCCACGGUAGAUGACGACUAGAGGCGAACAAAAUGCUAAAA